UACGACGAAGAGAAGAAACUAAGUUUAAUUCGGACGUAAAGAACUUAGAACGAAUAAAGUAAAAUAAUAUAGACACAACCGAGUGAAUAUAUGAAAACAAGAAACUGUAUCUUUUGUACCGUAUAGCUUUUUUUUAAAAGAUAUAACUGAUUCUUCGAUAAGAUUUUCUCUGUCAGAGAUUCUCUAUAAUUUCUAAUUGUGACAGUUUCUUGUUUUCAUAUAUUCACUCGGUUGUGUCUAUAUUAUUUUACUUUAUUCGUUCUAAGUUCUUUACGUCCGAAUUAAACUUAGUUUCUUCUCUUCGUCGUAUUUUACGUCAAUUAUCAAUACAAUACGUGUAUACAAACAAAGGGAGAAAAGGACCGAAAAAAGAUGAAAUAUAUUGUUCGCCAUAGGUCAUAACCGUAGAUUUAACAUUGAGCUGUAGACGUCUGUUAUUCCAAUUUCGUUGUCAAUUUUUUCUAAAAAUUGUCAUGCUACUGAUGAAGACGAUGGUAAACAUCAAAAAAUAAUAAAUAAUAAUUGUACUAAUAAAAGUAUAGUAAAAAGUAUAUUUUAUUAAUUAAUGUGCUGUAGUACCAAUAAAUUUUGUAAAGAUUUUCUACAUGUGUAUGAUAUUGUUUUGUCUUUCAGCAUGUACAUAUACAUUUAAUUUACUAUUUUUAGACUUGUACUUUUUUGGCGUUGUUCGUGCGUUAAGUUUUACACGUAUAAACAAUUGCUUGUGUGUUUGUUUUCUGGCUUGUUUGGUUUAAUCUUUCAUUUAUUUAUUUUAACGAAUAUCGAUAGAAAUGUCAAAAAGAAAUUUACAGGAUGGUAGUGAUAAUCCGGGAAAGAAAAUGUACGCAGAAAAGCGCAUUCUUGUUUUUCUUUUAUUUACUAUAAUAAUGUUUACUUUUCUCUUCAUUUUAGUGUUAAGCAAGGAAUGAAAGAAAACAUGAAUACGACAUCGAAUAUUCAUCAAAAUCAAACUGUUCCUCCUCCAGAUACAUUUUCAAGGGUAAAAAGCAGUGACUAUUAUCAGUUGGCAGAGUGUGUCCUACUUCGAUGAGAAUUUGAAAGAAUUAGUGUGUUGCUCAUCUUUCAUGGACGUUUUAGAUUUUGUAGCAUACUAAUAUGCUGUGAAUUCAUUUUUUGUUUCAGAUCACAACUGAAGGACGAAUGUUGAAUGAACAUGAAACGGCUAUAAUAUGUUUAAAUCAAAUAUUUCCUUUAAAACAUUUGAAUCUGAUGUUUCAGUUAGAUCGUCAAUUAGAUAUUUGUCUAAAAGAUCGCUAUAUUGAUAUACGCAAUAUUGUUCGAAUUGUUUAUGGUUGUACAUAUGAAAGUGACAAAAUUCAAGCUUAUUUAAAUACACUAAGACAAGAUACAGCGAGUGGUGGACAACUUUCAUUUGUAGUAGAAAAUCUUCAAGAAAUAAUAAACGAUUAUUCAAACAGAGAUGUUCACUGGGGUUGUGGUAUCACACCAAGAAGAAUUGCAGAUGAAAAUGCUCCUGGUAGAUUUCGUAGUGUAUCAUUUUGUGAAAAACAUUUGGCAAACAAUAGUAAAGUUAGUGUUCAAGCGGUUGAUGCAGAUAAAGAUUAUGAAUUAACUGAUUGUAAUGUUUCAAGAGAAGAACGGUAUACUGGUCGUGAAACAUCUUACGGUAUUAUCAUAUCUAUGUAUAAUUGUGGUAUUAUCAUUAGUUAUGAUGAACUGUAUCGUUCAGAAAGUACAAUCAGAGUUUUACAUCAUUUGUUUGAAACACUUAAACAAUUCACAGCAACAUCCCGGGUUCCAAAAUAUUUAAUAUAUGACAAUGCGUGUGGACUUUGGUUAACGUUAAAUGCUCGUAUCAAAAAUAAGAAAAUUAUUGAAACGUCAAUAUCUCAAGUAAUACAUAAAAUGACUUUUGUUGUUGACAAAUAUCAUAUACAAAAUCAUAAAAGAGAUAUAUGUCAAAAAGAAACAAAUCCUAAAACAUAUCCCGAACUUGAACAUAUCAACACGCAGGUCUGCGAACAAACAAAUGCAAAAUUAAAAUAUUAUGGAAACGCUGGUUCCUCAUAUUCUGAACCAACUAGUGCAAUUUUUUACUUACUUUUGUUUCAUCAAAUAAAUUGUGAUCGGCUUGGUUUAUCAAUUUUCGAUAAAUUCAGUGAAAAAAUCGAAAAAGAUAUAUCUGGGCAUGAUGGUAUUGAUGAGACAGAAAUUCCAACAGAAAGUUGA